AUGCCAGACCAUGUUUCGCUAGCAGACCCCAUGUUUAACGUUCCAGGUGUGGUUGACAUGCUGAUUGGAGUGGAAUUAUAUUUUGAAGUUUUACAGCAGGGGUGCAUUCGCUUAGGAAAUCAUCUUCUCAUUCUUAGGAGAAGUUGCUUCGGGAGGCUGAUUUCUGGUGUAUACACAUCAGAAAUGCAGAGCCAUGCACAUGUUGGCUUCAUUUCCAAUGAAGAUCUUUAUAAUAGUCUGACAAAGUUCUGGCAGUUAGAGGAGGUAUCCUCUUAUUAUACAAUGACUGGGUCAGACAAAGCAUGUGAUGAUCAUUUCGUUGCAAAUGUAGCUAGACUUGAGAAUGGGCAGUCUGAGGUGGCUUUGCCAUUUUUAGAUAACCAUAUAGAUAAGCUUGGGUCGUCAUUCGCUGUUGCUAAAUAUAGAUUUUUGAACCUGGAGAGGCGGUUUGCCAGGGAUAGUGCCUUGUUCACAGCCUACUCCAAUUUUAUUAAAGCUUACAUCGACUUAGGUCAUGCUGAGGAGAUGAUGCUGACACUGGAGAAAGCUGCUAAGAAUAAGUACUAUUUCUUGCCGCAUCAUCCAGUGGUCAAAAAGAUAAUAAUUUUGACAAAAAUAGGGUAG